CCGAACUGUACAUCUUCUGGGGAUUUCAUAUCCUGUGUGAAGAUGGCUUCCUCGGAAAAAGCAAUGACAGACUUGAAUGUUGACUUUGGCAAUGAAACAGAUGAGGUAGCAGAGGUGAUACUAUCAAAGUCUGAGAUGCAGAAGAAAAAAACCCUAAAAGACAUAAAGUUCUCAGAUUACAAGGGGUCCAUAGAAAAGAUCCAUACAGAAACAUAUGUGGGCAUAAGAGUUACAAUCAAGGAUGAAUUGUAUGGAUAUGAUAUUCCAAUACCUGAAGGACAGAAAAUUUAUGCAGACAAAACAGUUGUACAACCAAAGAAAGAUGAAAUUCAAGUCAAGAUUUUCAAGGAAACCAAGUUCAGUCUCAAGAAGGCCAUGAUGAGUUAAAGGAAUUCAGACUGUAAUGUGUGACAUAGACCAGACUUUUGUGUGUGGUGUAAGAAGUAGUUUGUAGGUGGUGGAAAUUAUCUUCAUGUAUCUGUAAAUAAUUUAAGCAAUAUAUUUCUUUUCUAAAUCUCGAUUUUUCUGUUUGUUCUUGAGAGGAUUGUCUUUAGAACAUGAAUUUAUCCACAGUACUCUGUAAUUUAUUGAAAAGAAGCAACUCAUAGACUUUAUUUAAUUAAGACUAAUUAAUAUAGGUUAUAAUUAAUUUGAUUAGAAUUCAAUCAAUAUACCAGUGCAGAUACAUCAUCAAGUAUGGUUUCAAAGUUGUGAUUCGCAUUAAAUGUUUUUGAAGAAAACAAACAUCUUAAAUCUA